AUGGAGAUGUGCCCAUGGCCGAAUCUUUUGACGCGCGACGUGCCCAAAACGCCUUGGGGAACAAGUCGCGCUAAGUCCUGGUCUCUCCGAGCGGGUACGGCUCGAUAUAGCUUGGCAUCUUCCACCACUUCUAGGUUAAGCCGUCCUCGGUCAUGCGCCGGAUCUCUUUGGUCCGAGAGUCCUGAGGGCGUAACUCCAACCGGAUUGGAAGUGGCCGCAGGACCUACUGUACAUUAUUCUGUGGCUCAAUCUGCUGGGUCAUUUGAACAAGGGGUUCAACCGUUGCGACCGAGUCGGGCGGCUUUAGGUAAGCACCGUAGGUUUGGCCGGGAUGCGUAUGUGUCGUUGGAACGGCCAAACCGUACUGAGGGUGGGAUCCUAACGGAAACAACGACGCUUGUGAUGGUGAAACAGUCGGAUCGUUCUGACCGUGUCGUUGUGACGAAGUUGCGGUCGCGUCGCCUGGGCAAGGAUGAACGUGGACGGCUGAGGCGCGUACGGGGCCGAAUUUCUGGGCCGCGGGAUACUUGGGGCUGUUCCGCCCCAAUGAUACGGCCAAAGCAUGGAGUGGGCCGCGCUUCGUUUUUUCUGGGCAGGUGGGUCCAAGAUUUACCUGCGUCGGCUGGGAUUGCCCCCAGCUUUUUGGUUGAGAGUGCGGACCGUAGCCUGACGCCUGGGUGUGGGUAG